UUGGCUUGCUAGUUUCCCCCCCAGCACUCGUCAGGUGUCUCUUUCUGCUGUUAGUGUCCCUGAAGUCUGGGUUUGACUUGAACGUAUCAGCGAAUGGGCCAGUCCGGAGAGAGCACCGUCCUUACACAGCGUACACCGACGCCAUGCACAGCCGCGUUUAGGUACCUUUCAGUAGUGUUAUUAGCCCGAUGACAUCUACAUCAAAGGCUCAGUUGGCAGCACUGCCACAGAAAGAGAUCCUCGUGUACUGGGUGCUUUCCUUUGGCUCUCAUCUGUACUCUUUCUAUGAACUGCACAGAUUCUCCAAAGAGCAUGAAUCAAGGUUAGAGAGAGAAUUCCAGUUGGAGCAAGGCCUGCUGAAGCGCUUCAAAAGGGACCCCACAGACUUUGAGUGGAGUUUCUGGAGUGAAUGGGCCAAGAAGUCUCUGCUGUGGACUCUGAUCGGCCAUGGCGUGAUAUCGAGGCUGACCGCCAUCUUCUUCCCCAAGUUCAGGGUGCCGUGUCUCUUGAUCUAUGGCGUUGUUGCAGCGUACAGUGUAUUAGGAGUGAAAGGUGUGAGUGUGCUGCUGGUGCACCUCAGCCUGUCCUUCUCAGUGGCCCAGCUGCGCAGGCCUGCUCUGUCCUGGACCUGCAGCCUGCUGCUGCUCUCCACCCUUCACAUUCAACGGCUGCAGGAGAUCCAGAGAGGCUGGUAUAAAACAGAGGAGGAGUACUAUCUGUUGCUGUUCAGUGUUGCUGUCUGUGGCCUUCGCUUCAUCAGCUUCAGUCUUGAGCAUUGCUGGUGCCCACUGGAACUUGGCAGAGUUGAGCAGCUCUUCUGGAUGCUUUCCUACUCCUUUUAUCAUCCUCUGUUCUACAAUGGACCAAUUAUCACGUACAGAGACUACAUUCAGCAGAUGCGGAGACCUGCUGAGGAAAGUGACACAGACAAAGCUGUGUUUAGCUACCUGCUGCUCAGAGCCGGAAGGAUCUUUCUGUGGUGGCUCAUUGCAGAAUACAUGAUCCACGUAAUGUACAUGCAUUCUAUCCAGACCAAUGAGACCUACUUAGAAAUUCUUCCCCCUUGGGCUUUAGGUGGUCUGGCCCUGGCCCUCGUCCAGUUCUUCUAUGUGAAGUACCUGGUACUGUUUGGCUUGCCAUCUGUCCUGGCUACACUGGAUAAACUUGUUCCCCCGAAGCUUCCUCGCUGCGUCAGCAUCAUGUACAGUUUCACAGGGAUGUGGAGGCAUUUUGAUGAGGGGCUGUAUCGAUGGCUCAUCAGAUACAUCUACGUCCCAUUGGGAGGUUCACGUCACGGUCUGCUUUACAAAAUGCUGUCCACCGGCCUGGCGUUCGGGUUUGUCUGCCUCUGGCAUGGGGGCCAUGACUACUUGCAGUACUGGGCCCUGAUGAAUUGGACUGGAGUUCUGGUGGAAAAUGGAUUGAAGACUCUCUUUGCCUCAACCUUUAUCCACCCCAUUAUUGAGCACUACUUGUCUGCACCCAUGAAAAGACGCUGCAUUGCCCUUCUCUCUUCCUUCUCCACUGCCAUGCUCAUCCUCUCUAAUCUGGUAUUCCUUGGGGGGAUACAUGUUGGCAGAAUCUUCUGGAAGCGUGUCUUCGUUCAAGGCUGGUGUACUAUAGCCCCACCCAUGUUGGCUUUCCUGUACUGCUUUGCUCAGAUUGGACUUGAAUGGACAUCUAACCCACCAUGAGUCACCUUGCAGUGGCACUGGAUUUGAAAACCCUGCUGUUAUACAAGCAGAACAACCUGCUGAGUCCAGUGCCUUGUCUUCACCAGCCAGAGUCUCUAUGGCAUAUCUGGUUCACCGCCAGCGUCUCCACUGUUUUCAGAAGCCGUCCAAAGCUGGCCGGACUGUGAGUGAGCCAGCCACUUCACACAGCCUAGCCACACUGGACAUAAGCUAAGACAUAAAGGAUCAACGUUUACUCAUUUGGGAAGAGAUGGUCUCUGUAUUUUCUGGAAAAUGCGUGUUGUAUUGACUUGAAGUCUAAUGCAGUCAAUGUACACUGUAAAUUCAGACUAGGCCCUAAUGGGUGUUAUACCUCAUCCUGUUUUCUACCUAUUAAGCUGCACUGAAUCUACAUAAUUCCAGGUGACUGUAACAAAAAAAAAAAAAAAAAGGAGGCUAAACCAGUCUUGGUUAUAUGUCUCUGAUUAGGUAGUGCUCAGUGGUGCAUUAAGCUGAAGAACUUCUCUUUUCAGCUUUGCUGUCAUCCUUUGGCCAGCCACAGGAACAGUAGGUUGUUAUUGGUGCACACACAGGACUGAAUGGAUGGGUAAAAAACUACAGUAUUUAUUUGUAUUAUCUUCCCCAAGGUAUAAUGUGCAAUGGGAAAAAAUAUGAUGGUGGAACUAAGAGUGAAAUCUUUAAAGGCUGUAUACAUUAACAGUGAAUUCACCACAGCUAAGGGAAGAUGACCAGUGAGGAGUGCAGUGAGAAGCUGCUUAUUGUGAACAGAGAGGAAACUAAAACCUGCCCAUAUUGUUUAUGAUCAAUUAUCUUAAUUCAAUUUGAAAAACAUGGCCAGUGAGAUAAAUACAGAUAGCAUAGUAAUUCCUAAUAAUAAGUUAGAUUUAAAUAACAUUCUCUGAUAAUUUACUAUCUUGAAACCAUAUGCAAAAGCUCUUCACAUUUCAGACUGCAGUAAUUAAUUCAUUGUAUAAUUUGGUGGAUGAUAACAUAUCCAGUAAUUGAGGCAAACUCCUUGUUGAAGGGAUAAUCAAGAACCUGCUUCAGGAGGUUUAAUUUUCCAUGCUUUAAUGUUUGAGCACAGACAAGAUCUGCCAAGAGAAUCUGAACCUCCUGCCAUAAUUAUUCACAAUACUCAAUAAGGUGAAAGCAAAUAGCUCCAGGUUGUGGCUUCCAAGAAGCUGUGGAUGGACCAGUGUGCAUUGUUAUUCAGAGGAGCCGCUGCUGAAACUCAUUAAGUCUAGUUAAGACUAGUUGCCUUUAAUUCUGACAAGCGUCUUUCCCUUUAACAUAUGGUUCCCACACCUGUGUUUGCCAUUUCUUUCUCAAUCAAUCAGUCAAUUAAUCAAUAAAGCAUCUUAAUUUGCA